CAUUCUGGUGUGAGUUUAUGUUGUGUGUAACAAUAACACGUUUUAAAUAGUGAAUUUCUAUAAAAUACACCUGGGGUUUAUAAAGCUUGUCCUUAGUGUCUUAAGCUUUCUACAAGCUCCACCUCCAGUUACACCAAGGCUGUUGGACGGUAGGGUACGUUCUACGGAUGCGCUAAGCGGGAGUUGUACGAGCUGAAGCCGCUGGUCGUGGUGGAUCGGCUAGCUUAGCAAGAUUGAAAUCGUGCAUUCGUUCAUUUUGGCACACCGACGGUAUCUAUUCUUCUAUUUUGUAACUGUCAGCGGCGUGCUUGUUUAUGUGGAGACGGAAUAUUCCUUAUCACAGCUGUCUGCAGGUUAGAAUCUGAGAACCCGAACAUGAAGUCUGUGAAGGAUAGUCACAGCUUUCAACCCGGAGAGCCCGUCUUUGCCAAGAUGAAGGGUUAUCCUUUCUGGCCUGCCAGGAUUGGGGAAGGCAAGGGGCCCAAGAACAAAGUACCUAUAUUCUUCUAUGGCACGCACCAAACAACCUUCCUGCUCCCCAAUGAAGUCGUUCCCUAUUGGACGAACAAAGACAAAUAUGGCAAACCAAUCAAGAAAGGAGGUUUCCCUGAAGCAAUGUGGGAGAUUGAACAUGACCCUGGAAUUGGCCUGAAAGGACAUAAAAAAGUGUCACUGUUGAGCAGGGUCGAACAGAUGCGCAAAGCUCAGAAGAGAGCCUUUAGUGCCUCCUCGACGGACUCGCACACUCCUGCCAAGAUGGCGAGAGAAGACGCAGCGACCGAUAUGCCACCUCCUGCAGUGCCACCUGCUACCACGGAGAAAAAAACUCCCACAAGGACAAUGGCCUCUAGACAGAGAAGCACUGCCACUCCGAAUGACACAACCACUCGGCGUUCGGCAUCCGCCAACGCAACCGAACCAUCUCAUGAAGCCAUGUCCACCCAGAAAUCCUUACGCUCCACUAAAGCCAUCCCUUCACAGAACACUGCCUCCCCUGAUCGGAGGUCCAGAAGUACACCCAAAGCCACAUCCUUACAGAAAUCAGGCAUCACCCAGAAAAAGCCGACUCCUCAGAAAUCCACUCCCCUAAAAGUUAAUGAUACACCCCCUACAGACACACUAACUAAGGUCACUGCCAUAUCCCCUAAGGCCACCACUCAAACGCAAGUUCAACCCAAAUCACCUCAGGAAGCAGGCUUGCAACAGACAGACACACCCUCUCAGGGAGACUUGGCGUGUCAGAAUGUCAAACCUGGUCAAGAAGCCACGCCCAUUCCACAGACCACACCCUCACCGGAGGACACACGCCUCCAAGAGGCUGCACCAUCUCAGGAAGUUUCCCUCUCGCCGAAAGCCCAGACUGAAGUGAAUGCACACUCUCAGGUUCCUCAGAACAGCACUGAAGCCAGUCCUGCAGACGAGUCUCAGGAGAGGGAUGGCAGGAAGAGGAGGAGAGGAGAAAGGGAGGAGGGUGGAGAGGAGGAACCUGAGGCCAAACAGAAGAGGAGUGAGGGAGUGGGCGAGAGCUCCCCAAUGCAGGAGAAGAGCAAAGUGUCUGCAGUGCUGAAAUCUCUGCAGGACCUGGUGCAGAACCGAGAAGUCAGGAGAGGACUGAGAGAAAAGGAGGAGAAGAAGAAGGAGUCGCAGAAGGAGGAAAAGAAGGAGGAAAAGAAAGAGAUUCAGACUGAAGAAAGGAGGAAGCUUCGGAAGGAGGCACCAACGGAGGAAAAGAAGGAGAUUCAGACUGAAGAAAGGAGGGAGCUUCGGAAGGAGGCACCAACGGAGGAAAAGAAGGAGAUUCAGACUGAAGAAAGGAGGGAGCUUCGGAAGGAGGCACCAACGGAGGAAAAGAAGGAGAUUCAGACUGAAGAAAGGAGGGAGCUUCGGAAGGAGGCACCAACGGAGGAAAAGGAGAUUCCAAAAGAGGAUGAGAGGGAGGAGAACAAGAAGGAGGUGUCAAUGGAAGAAAAAGAGGUUCAGAAAGAGGAGAAGAGGGAGGUUCUGAAGGAGGACAAGAAGCAGGUGCCAACGGAGGAAAAGGAGGGUCCAAAAGAGGAUAAGGGGGAGGUUCAGAAGGAGAACAAGAAGGAGGUGUCAAUGGAAGAAAAGGAGGUUCAGAAAGAGGAGAAGAGGGAGGUUCUGAAAGAGGACAAAAAGCAGAUGCCAACGGAGGAAAAGGAGGGUCCAAAAGAGGAUAAGGGGGAGGUUCAGAAGGAGAACAAGAAGGAGAACAAGAAGGAGGUAUCAAUGGAAGAAAAAGAGGUUCAGAAAGAGGAGAAGAGGGAGGUUCUGAAAGAGGACAAAAAGCAGAUGCCAACGGAGGAAAAGGAGGUUCCAAAAGAGGAUAAGGGGGAGGUUCAGAAGGAGAACAAGAAGGUGGCACAGACGGAGAAAAAAGAGAUUCAGAAAGAGGAGAGGAACGACACGGACGAGGCUGUCAUACUGAAGAAAGAGAGAAAAGAUGAGAGGAAAGUAGGCAUCAAAAUAGUCACAGACUCAGUCACAGAUUCCCGACUGCACAGGCUCCUAGGAGAGAUCCGCAUCUCCUUGACUGUCGGGAACACAGAUGUGGGGAAGUGUGUAUUGGCAUUAGAUGAGUUGGGCCGGGUACCAGUGUCCUCACAACAUCUACAGAAGCACACUGAGCUCAUCGAAACACUCAGCAAGAUCCGCAGGUUCAGGGACAGCGAGGUGAUCAUGCAGAAAGCAUCGAUGCUCUAUCACAAGUUCAAGGGUGUGUAUCUGAGUGGCGAAGAGGACCUCUCUCCCAACUACGUCAACACACUCCAACAGGAACGCGAGCGGGAGGAGAGCGAGCGAACGCAGAGAGAGGAGAAGAAGAAGGAGGAGAGAAGAGGAAAUGGAGAGGGGGAAGACGAGAAGAGAGGAGGAAGAGAAGAGAAGAGCGUUGUGGAAAGAGGAGACUGAGCUGAGCACAGUGGUAUGCGUUGCCCGGGAGGAGCUGCGGAGGAGGUUUUUGUUUGUAUUGUCGUCGUCUGCGUUUUGUUUUUUAUAUUUUUAUAAGACUGAAAAUGUGCUCCAGGAAGAUGCUGUGAGACUGACCGGACCGUCCAGUCACACCUUCAAGCCCAUACACAGUAGACAUUACACACACACACACACACACACACAUAAAAAAAAACGUACAUUGACAUACACAAUUACUUUAAAUGCUGCUAUUGCUUUGACUGUGUAUAUUUGUGUUUUUUAACACUUUGUUUGCACUGUGUGUGGGUGUGUGCGAGGGUGACCACUCAUCCAGAAUUUGUGUGGACAGUCUGGUUUUCCAGCCCUCUGUCUGGGCCGCUGUUGCUGUUACAUGUCCUCCUUUUUGGCCAAUUGUCCUCCUUUUCAAGGGUCAAGGUCAUAGUCACGCCAGUGUGUGUGUGUGUGUGUGAUUGUGUGAAGGAGAGAAUGAGAGAGGCCGAGUGUUUGAUCAAGAUAGUAGCAGUGCUGCUGAAGUUAUUAAAUAAUUCUGUGCUGCAUAGAAGAUUGUGGUGAAAGUAAACUCCAAAAUAAACAACAUUGCCUUUCCCACUAACACACUCACAUAUCCACUCCCAUUCAUUGACACCACACACCUGGGGAGAACCUGCAAAUAUUAAAGUUAAGCUAUCUGAGUGAUUUGGAUUAGUGCAAACAUACUUACCAAUAAGUUACACACUACUUAUAAACACCCUUUUUUCAGUUUGACUGCAGAUAAAGCAAUUCCACCUCAAUGUUGCUGGAUCUGCUUCCGUCCUGAUAAGGUUUGUUUGUUUGUUUAGGAUCUGUUUUCUGUGAGCAUUUGAGCACAUGACUUUUUUUGAAAUAAAGAAAAAAUCCGA